UCCACCGCAACUAUCAGAUCAUGGACGCCGACGACGGAGGCACGAGCAGCUGGGGCGAGGCACUGCAGGCAGGAUACGUGACGUUCUGCCAGGGCAUCCAGGACUCCAUCUCGCUCCAUCGCAUCCUCUUGCUGUACAUCCAGUCGCACAUCGUGCGCAAUCGAACCGUGAAAUGUGUGAUGGUCAACGGCAUCAUUUUCCUCGGCAGCAUCUUUUUCUUUGACUAUGUCGUGAUCCCUAUCAUCCACUUGCUGGGGCUUGCGCUCAAGAAGCAUGAACAAGCAACAGGAGGGACGAAGGACAGCAGUAGCUUCCAUGACACGAUCGACACCAUUAUCUUUCUCGUCUACCAAGGCCUUUGGAUGUACCCCAUCUACUGCGUGAGCUUCAUCUUGAACACGAUCUGGUAUCAAGAACUGGCCGAAGAAGCCUACCUUCAAACCCAUGGGACCGCUCGACCGGCGCCAGUCAAGGACAUGCUCAUCGACGAAGUGUAUCGGGCGAUCCUGGUGUUCUUCUUCCUUCUCCAGACCAUGCUCACGUACCUCGUGCCCGUGGUCGGUCCAUUCGUCAGCUUCGUGCACAUGAGCUGGCUGUACGCGCUCUACUGCUUCGAGUACAAGUGGAGUUUGCACGGUUGGAGUAUUGAGAAGCGCCUGGCGUUCAUGGAAAAGCACUGGGCGUAUUUUAUCGGGUUUGGGUGCCCGUUUACAUUGGCCACGUAUUUCACACCGAAUUUCGUCGGCAAGGGCAUUUUCGCGCUGCUUUUCCCUGUAUUUCUGCUCUUGGCCACUGUGUGCGAGCCCUCGGCCGAGCGUGAAACCACCAAGUUGCCUCUCUUUGGGCCGUCCAGAUGGCUCACGCUGCAGUUCGUACGGCGACUGAGUAACUUGACAGGGGUCAAGCAGCCACCACGCAAGACACCGGACGCCAUGAGGCGCUAGCAUUGCUUGAAAAGAGUCCAAGCGAACAACAUAAAGUGAUACUAUCUAUAUCCAUCUAUCCAUCCAGGGCCCAUCUCCGUUAUCACUAGAAACAUCACAACGUUGACAAGGCGGUCGUGGUACGCUCCUCGACUUCGUUUUCCCAUGACAAGGUCGAAAAGUCUUGGAUGGCGUUGUGGAGCAGCGCUGCCGACUGGUCCAAUAGGGCGACGUGGCGUGUCUGCAGCGCUUGGCGGUCGGCUUCCGACGGCAUGUGCAGUGGAAACGUCGGCAACGCGUGCAUCAAUGGCCGCACAGUCGACGCAGCGACAGUGGGGGGAAAGAACCGGAUAGAGGACCAAGGGGUCACGGGGGGGCUGGCGACGGGUGGGGGGGCUGGCGACGGGGCGCGGUGCUGUUUGCGGGGCUUGCCGACCACUAGU